GAAUACCAUUAUAGCAAAGUUGAACGAACCGAAUCAUGGAGUAUCUGAUGUGUUGAGUCGUAUUGCCCUUGGACCAACUUUUGCGGUUGCAAAGCAUGAAGCGUACAUUGUAAGGGGUAAACAUUUUCAUACAAAGUCAAGAGAUGAUGCUCGAGAGGUUCAAAAUAGUGGUAUACGUAUCGUCGCAGAAACUAUGCACUUUGCAAGUGCAAAAGAUAGAAACCCUGUUUUAGGUACUAUGACGUAUUACGGGGUCAUUGAAGAAAUAUGGGAGCUCAAUUAUUUUGCGUUCCGAAUUCCACUUUUUAAGUGUUCUUGGGUUGACAACAACGUUGGAGUAAAAACUGACGAGCUUGGUUUUACUUUGGUUGAUUUAAGUAAGAGAGGAAGCAAGAAUGAUCCAUUCAUCAUGGCUAGCCAAGCAGCUCAAGUUUUUUACAUUUCUGAUCCGGCUAAUGAUAAAUGGUCUAUUGUUUUAUCGACACCAGAGAGGAGGUUCUUAGAGACUGAAGAGGAUGAGGAGAAUGCUGACUUAUGUUACGAUGACUUCAUUGUUGGACAACCAAUUCAUGAGCAACUCAUGGGAAUUGAUCGUAACAUUGAGGAAGACGACGCUGAAUACAUUAGAAACGAUAUCAAUGAGGGAAUAUGGGUCAAUUGUGAUUCAGGCAAACAUAAACAAAAAAAGAAAAGAAAACGUGUCUAAUUGGUAACUUGAUAUAUAGCUUACUUUAUAUUGUGGUUGUGAAUGGUCCUGAAUACUUAACAAUUUGUUUAUGCUUUUAAUAUUUCAUAUACACUACUUGUUAUAUAUGUAGCUAACUUUGAAGUUUGUUUGUUAAUGGUGUAGACAUGGCGAACUCAGAAUCAGGAUCUGAUUCGGGAGCAGAGAAAAUGAGUGUCCAACCACAAUACCUACACGAGGGCCGACGCAAAUGAAUGAAAUAUCCAAACUAAUGGAUCAGGGCAAAAGAGUGGCCCUCGAAGUUAAUGAUAAAGGUCAAUACUGUGGAAAAAGCUACGCGAAGCUCGUAUCCACUGCGGGAGUCGGAUGUCGGCAGACAAUAGGGUUGGCUUAUAAAAAUUGGAAAGAAGUCAACCAGACUCUGAAAAAUAAAGUUUGGAAAGACAUUCAGACGGGGUUCAUUGUGCCGGACACCUUCAAACAUGAUUGUCUCAUCCUAGCUGGGAAGUUAAUGAAAGACUUCAAGAAUAGGAUGACCAAAGACAUCAUAAUGCCCGCGUUGAAAGAGAAUGAUCUGGGACGACUGGCACAAGUCCCUGAAAAGCACCCGGAGA